GGAAGAGGAAGUGGCCGCGGCCCCAGGCACAGGAGCUCGGCUCGGAGCUCCCGGCCCCACGAGGCGCCUCCCCACGCCGUGCCACCACCCCCGUGCCGCGCGGCACAAACUUUUUGCUGGGCGGCGGGGCCGUGAGGCGGCGCGGCGCUGCCCGGCACCUCCCUGCCGCGGCGCCGAGGAGGAGCGGCCCCGGAGCACAGCGGGCGGGCGCAGGAGGAGGAGGAAGCGCUGUCAGCGGGGCCGGCCGUCUCCGCCCGCCGGGCAUCCUUCAGCACCGCCGGGCUGCGCCUCGCCCGCCGCCUGUCCCAGGUACCGCCUCGCACCCGCCGGGAGCUGCUGAGAUGGGUUGUGGAUUGAACAAACUAGAGAAGCAUGAUGAAAAACGGCCUGGUAACAUCUAUUCAACAUUGAAGAGGCCCCAGGUAGAAACCAAGAUAGAUGUUAGUUAUGAAUAUCGAUUCUUGGACUUCACGACACUAAAUGAUGCUGAGCUACCAGGAUCAUCUGCAAUCAGGCUCUCCUCUUUGCGUGAUCUUCCAGCUCAGCUGCAAGAAUUAUACCAGCAGGGCUUCAUCUUGGCUGCUGUCCACCCCUUCGUGCAGCCAACUGAUGAAAAAGAGAAAACUCCCCAGGAACAAAUCUUCAGGGCUGUGCUUAUCAAGAAAACAGAAAGGUCUCCAAAAGGCGGCAUCCAUAGUGAAGGAUAUAUCUUGGAGGUAGAGUGCUGUUCCUCUAUAAACCAACUUUCAGACAAGAAGGAGAUACCUGAUUUUAUUAAGAAAAUUCAAGAUGCAGCAAGUCAAGGCUUGAAAUUUGUUGGAAUUAUACCUCAGUACCAUUCCCAAAAGAACUGCCUUGUCAGCUCCUCUCUGACACCUGCCAGUAACAACUCUGUGCAAUCCAGAGAUAAUAAAAAUGUUUCAAAUUGCCCUGAGGAUCACGCUUCGCUGGAUGGCGAGAAAAUAGAUGGCAUUAAUGGAUGCAAUACUCCAGCACCAGGUGAGGAGAAUGCUGACCAAUGUGCUACAUCCAGGGAAGGCAGGAAAGGUGAAGGACAGGCUGCUGAGGAGCCCACUUGCAAGUCUGUGAAGGGCAGUGAAGAACAUGAGCACCCAGGUGGGAGAGAAGCGCCAGACACAAAGAAUGGAGUUGCAGAGAAUGAAACACCAGCGCGAUGCUCAAAACCACUUACUGACAAGACUGAGAUCUUCACUCUCUUCAACAAGCCCAGAACCCCACAAAGAUGCAGCCAGUAUUAUACGGUGACUAUCCCUAUGAGGAUCUCCAGGAAUGGGCAGACUGUCAACAGCUUAGAAGCAAAUUGGCUGGAGCAUAUGACAGAUCACUUCAGGAAAGGAGGCUCAUUGGUGAACGCCAUCUUCAGCCUUGGAAUGGUAAAUGAUUCCUUGCAUGGAACAAUGGAUGGAGUAUUUCUCUUUGAAGACGUUGCUGUGGAAGACAAUAAAACCAUGCAGGGCUAUGAUGCUAUUGUCGUAGAGCAGUGGACUGUACUGAAGGGGGUGGAAGUGCAGACAGACUAUGUUCCACUGCUGAAUUCCCUUGCCAUGUAUGGCUGGCAGCUGACGUGCGUGCUUCCUACUCCGAUUGUGAAGACAAACAGGGAAGGGAAUUUAUCUACAAAGCAAAUUGUAUUUCUUCAGAGACCUUCUUUGCCCCAGAAAGCAAAGAAAAAAGAAUCUAAGUUUCACUGGAGGUUCUCGAAAGAAGACAUGCACAGCAAACCAAUGAAGAAAUCGAGGAAGACUAAACUAAGUUCUGGGGAGAAGCAGGCGGCAGAGAAGCAGGAAUUUGAAGUCACGGAGAACACGAGAAACUUAGCAGCACAGCUCUCGGCAGCAGCAGGGCCUGGCCCUGAGCAGCAGCUGGAUGGUGUCAUAGACUUGGGGAAUGAGAUGGAUGGGGCUGACAACAGAGGCAUCCUCCAUGAUGGGGUGUCGGAGGGCACGUGUCCUGCCAGUGGUGACACUGGUGAUACCGGUAGCAGCGAGGCGCAGGCCUGUCCCAGCCAGAGCACGCCCAACUGCUGCGAGGAGCGGGAGGCAGCGGGGCAGGACUGUGCACCCGGGCCUGACAGCUGCCAGGGGAUGGAUGGCGUAGCAGCGGAUGCAGAGCCUUCUUGUGAGUAAUGCCGAUGGCUCAGGGGUCCUGUGAGUCAUUGGUAUUAGCCAAGAGAAAAGAACAGAUCUUGCUCAUCAUCUUCACUAACUCCAUUGCUCAGUUCAGCAUUUCUUUGGCAUUGCACUUACUUUGCUCCUUAGCAUGCCAAUAUCUUGAUGUUUUAGGUAACUACAGGGUGUGGGCUUUCUAAUGGCAGAAUUCCAUCCACUUUACAGAGUAGGAAAGGCCAUCUUCUAGAGGUACACUUGAAAUUAAAAAUAGGGACAGAAAACAUGCUUGGGCUUUUCUCUGACUGGCAUAGCAAAAUAGGCUUCUAUCUAGUUCAGGGCAAACAUUCCACUUAGUCAAAACUUACUCUGUCAUGUUUUCUUGUCCACAUAUCUUUGCCGGAGAAGUUAUUGUGCCAUAUGUUAGUUUGUCAUUAAGCUUGUAGUGUCAUUAAAAUGGUUUUUGAGCUUAAACAGGCUGAAAGCUUAGGUAAGAUGGCCAUAUCUGUAUUUAUCUCCAACAGCAGAGUUACCAAUGGCAUUUUCUCCUGAAUUUUAUUAACUCUUACAGAUCGUCAAGCAAUAAGCAAAUCUAUUUAGGCAUUCUGAGUAAACAAAACUCAUGAUAAAUUUGUGUGAGGCAGAUGAUCUCAAUAUAAAAAGACAUUUCCUGUUCUAUUACGCUUAUGUUCUCUUUGCCAGUCAAUAGUUCAGUGGGGUUUCAGAAGAUAGAAAAACACAGGACAAGGUAAGGCAGGUAAGAUGUACCUUUCAGUUGCUCUCUUCACUAAAAUUGGAAUUCCAUGUCACCAUCUGACCCUCUCACGUCACUUUGCACCACUUCCUCAUUGUUGUAAAAUAUGCUGUGGGAAAGAACUGAAGUGAUGCAAAUAGCAAGUGGCCUUUGCGUGUCACUAAAUGAUAUUACAGUAUACAGAUACCUUAAUAGAGAGCUUUUUAAUACAAGUAAUGGUAUUUUGGGACUGAUACCUAACAGAAUUCUGUAAUGCUACCAACAUUGUUUGGGGGAGCUACGUUAAAAUAUUUACAAGUGAAUGUACAUGUGUGAUGUAGUUUCUGUACCAAUAUUCUCCAAGAACUUCAGUGUUCCUAAAAGGUAGGAAGUAGUUGUUUCUCUCUUCUUUACCACCUUGAGCCCUGUUUAGAAGCGGUCAAGCAAUCUGGUAGAAAGGUGAGAAAUAUGUUCUGAACUUCCCUGGGACUUCCGUUCUGUUCCUUUUUUUUUUUUUUUAAGCAAGAGCUUGGUAAGCCAUUUGUUGGCUUUUUCCCUCAACUAGUUUGUGCCCAGUAAUUUUCCUGUCUUCAAACCAAAAUGCUGUACGAUGGAAGAACCGUGUCCCACAUCAGAUGCAGACCUGGUGUGGUUAAAAGCAUCUUCUAUGCCUGAAGACCAUAGAGUUUGCAGAACACUGCAGAGAAGGGAAAAAUCAUCCUGUUUGGAGAACUCAUUUAAUCGGGACAAUGGCACUCAAGUUGAAACCGUUCCAUUUCAUAGACACAAAGCACGGGAGGGUUUUUUUUCGCUGACUGAAAAGCAUUCGUUUUGAAUUCAGUGGUUUAACCACAGGACUGUAAGUAACUGGUGGUAUUUUUCAAUUAUUUCACUCUGUUUCUCCAUAUUAGGCUGAAUUUCCAAUAACCUCAAAAAUGUGUUAUUUCAGUUGUUCCACAUACAGACAAGGUCUCUGCUCUGGACAGUUCUAAGUAGCUGUUUGCAACUUUUAUUAGCAUAUUUCUACUGAUGGUUUCUGUCUUAAGGACUAGCUUUAUAUUAAUCUUGUUUAAAAAUGUACUGUAUUUAAUGAACAUUUUACUAGUAAAAAUGUUGCAAUAGAAUGAACUUGCCAAAUACUUUUGAAUAGAAAGCGUUUAUCGGAUUGCAAUUUGUCCUUGUUUGGAUCCCAACUGCUUACAAAACGAAAGAGAAAUAAAGUUCAUGAGGAGGUUUCCUAUUUGUGGUAA